AUGAAGUUUAUUAAUCACAAGUUUACUGCGGAGUAUCCCUUAUAUGGAGCCACUUUCAUUCAAAGCAAUCCAAAUGAAGCUAUUUUUGUAGUGGCAGGGGGUGGUGGUGAAGGUAAGAAUGGUAUACCAAACAUGAUCACUUCAUAUAGAUAUGACUCUCAAAAGAGUGAAUUGGAAAAACUACAUGAUUUUAAUCUCCCAGAAGAGGAUGAUUCGCCAACAGUGAUAAAUUCUCAUUUGGAAACAGACCAGAUUAUAUUGAUUGGUUGCAAUGAAAAUAGUGCCAACAUAAAAUCAGGGAAAGGUAAUAAACAUCUACGUAGAUUUCAAUUAGAUCAAAAAUUUCAAUUGCAACUUACUAAAUCUAUUGAUUUGUUUCAUUCUUGUAACCCAGAAGAAUAUACGAAAUUUCUAGAAAUCUCUAAUGAUGGUCGAUUGGCUGCAGUUGUUCCCUGUGUGGAUUCAAACUUUUUAAUCAAACUAAUUGAAGUAACUACGUUAAAUGAAAAAUUUGAAAUCAAUAAUAUUGCAAAAGAGGUUAAAGAUAUUGGAUUUACACCAAAUAGUAAAUACAUUGCAUAUAUUACAUCAGAUUCUUUACAAGUUAUAUCCACAGAGACAGGUAAGCCUAUUGUCAGGUUGAGUCAAGAUUUUAUAUCAAAAGGUUGGAACUUAUCAAAAAUGAAAUUUAUUAAUGAUAACACAUUACUAAUGGCAGCUACUCAAUAUAAAAAUGGUAAUAAUAGGAAGAAAAGAGAUUCUGGCAUAGUUUUGAUUAAAGUUGUUUUGAGCGACAAUGAUGCCACUGUUGUUGAAUCAAAACUAUUAAGUAAUAAAUUUAAGGGGGUGACAUCAAUGGAUUUAAAUGAAUCAAAUAAUCUUUUAACAUUAGCCACAAAUGAAAAUUCUAUUUUAGUUAUCCAAUUGUCUAGUUUUAAAAUACAAACAAUAUUUAAUCAAAUUCAUUCAUUUGCAAUUACAAAAGUGAUCAUAUCAUCUGAUGGUAAAUAUAUAGUUAGUGUUUCUGCAGCAAAUACCAUCCAUAUUAUUGAAAUCCCAGAUCUAUCCAAAAAUCUUUUUUCAAAUGGGUUCAUAUCAAUGCAGUUCGUAUUAAGUGUUAUCAUACUUUUAUUAGUUAUUGUAUUUUACAACCUUUCAGUUGAAAAUAAACAAUAUAUUAAAUCUCAAAUCAAAGAUUAUGUAUUUUAA